AUGUCCACAAGUAUAGCUAACAGGGACGGAUGUGAGGCCUGCAGACUUGAGAACAUCUACUGUGAUAAGACGCGGCCUGAAUGCAAGAACUGCGUAGGGAGAGGUAUUGAAUGCCCUGGGACUCCACUUCCAAUCAGACUGAGGGCCGUCGGCGCUCCGGUACCUCAGGCUCCUCGUGAUCAUGUACCGCUCUACGGAACUCGUUCAGGAGACUCAAGCCCUCGCGAGGGAAGCAAUCGAAGCUCGUUCGAGCUUGCUCGUCGCAGACAGCAGCAUGGUGUUGAGACUUUCAUGCCAUCGGAGCAGCUUGAAUCUGGAUUAGAAGAUUCCGUGCGUUUACCCUCUCGCAGCCCCAGAUCGCCAGAUUCUGCUUCUGUGUCGUCCGUCUGCCCAUCUGAAGCUGUCGAUGCUCACGAGCGCACUUGGACACCAGGGACAGAGCAAAGCUUCACAACCGAGAGUGCAGAUGCUACGGGCGAGACAGCGAAGGAGCACAGCAAGCACUAUGCGGCUGAUCCGGAUCUUCGUUUCAUGGACCAGGACAUAAUAUCGCCUGCCGUGGCCGCACAAAGUACAACACGUCGAACAAGAACAUCCAGCCUGCAGGAACAACAGAUCCUAGCACUACAGCAACAGCAGAGCUCACUGCGAACUGACAAUAUGUGGCUUGCCGAUGACACGAGGCACACAUUGACCGCAUACUAUAUCAACCAGGUUCCCCGACUGAUGUCGUGCUUCGACUCGCCGGAGAACCCAUUCCGCGGAGAAAUUCCUCAACUCGUGCUGACUUCCGAGUUACUCAUGGCAAGACACGAAACGAGCGCCAUCCGGGGAAUAACAUCUGUCAUUCGUGCAAUUCGAUCGAUUGUCAAUGGAGUAUCUGGCAACGACGAAUCUCCCUUCUCGACAAGACUUGCUAGAAAGCAGGCGCUUCUGGCAGCGUUCCUGCUUGUAAUUACCACGAGCUGGUGCGAUGCUUCUGCCACCAACCAUAUUCACCUUCAUGGUGCCAAGCCAUUGUUCCGAGCAUGGAUGGCCGAUCAACGCAUAAACGAGUUCGACGAGCGGCCGCUCUUACUGAAUCGCGAGCAAAGUUUCAUCAUCGGCGCCAUGGGGUUCAUGGAGUACCUGAAAUCCAUCGUCGUGGAUCAAGAUUUCAGCUCAGUGGCCCAUCUACGGCGGUUCACCAAAGUGGCGGAUGGGCAGCCCAUUUACUUAUGCCCAUGGACCGGCUUCAGUACUCCUCUCUUCAUCUACCUGACCGAAACAAUGAUAAUAGUCAGACGGAAACGCCGCGCCGUACUACUCAGUCGCUCAAAGACAUCCCCAGCGUCAACUGCAGGGGCCGACGAGGAUCUUUCGAGGGCCAGAGAGAUUUACGAAAAGGCCUUGAACCAUAUGGCUCCGCCAGCUAUAUCAGUGCCCGACACACAGGAUCCAACUACACCAAUCGAUCACUUGUUCGCCGUGGACACCAUAAUGCAACUGACAAUCCUGCUGGAGCUCACGCUAGCAUUCCCACAAAUCGCCAUGGAGUACUAUCCGAGUCUCCAAAAAGCCUCUGACCUCACACUGGAAGCCCGAAGAAUGGCUUUAGAUUUUGCGAUCUCAGUUCUCAGUGUCGUUCCUGGGAUUCCUCAAGAUUCUGGAUGUAACAAUCUAAUUCCGAUACAACUCAUCAGUGUAGGGAGCGCCUUACAGGCCAGUGCGGCAAGAUCAUCGCAGACUGCGGAUCUACAAACGUGGCGAAAUCUUGUGGUGCGGCGAAUGAAUUGGAUCCAUGAACGCCAUGGUGUUCCCACAGUGCUGCGAAUGAUCCAGGUAUUGGAGACUGUUUGGCUUCGAGCAGAUGAAUUGGACAGUACUCGAACGGACUCUUCGGGGCCCACAAUCCACUGGAUGGAUAUCAUGAUUGGAGACAUGCCUGAAGAGUUAUAUGGAUGA